AUGCCCAUCACUCGGAUGCGUAUGAGACCCUGGCUAGAGAUGCAGAUUAAUUCCAACCAAAUCCCAGGGUUGGUGUGGAUUAAUAAAGAAGAAAAGAUCUUCCAGAUCCCGUGGAAGCAUGCUGCCAAGCAUGGCUGGGACAUCAAUAAGGAUGCGUGUCUCUUCAGGAGCUGGGCUAUUCACACAGGCCGAUACAAAGCAGGAGAAAAGGAGACAGAUCCCAAGACAUGGAAAGCUAACUUUCGCUGUGCCAUGAACUCGCUGCCAGACAUUGAGGAGGUGAAGGACCAGAGCAGGAAUAAGGGCAGCUCUGCUGUGCGGGUGUACCGGAUGCUCCCUCCCCUCACGAAGAACGAGAGGAAAGAGAGAAAAUCCAAGUCUGUCGGGGAUACUAAGAACAAGGCUAAGAGAAAGUCAUAUGGGAGUUCCAGCCCUGACACCUUCUCUGAUGGACGCAGCAGUUCCACCCUUCCCGAUGACCACAGCAGCUACACGGCUCAGGGCUACUUGGGACAGGAGAUGGAGAUGGAGCAGGACCUCACUCCAGAGCUUUCACCAUGUGUCGUCAGCAGCACUCACCCUGACUGGGGGAUGACAGUGGAAAUGAUACCAGACAGUACCAGUGAUCUGUACAACUUCCAGGUGUCGCCCAUGCCCUCCACAUCUGAAGCUGCAACAGAUGAAGAUGAGGAGGGGAAAUUACCUGACGACAUCAUGAAGCUCUUGGAGCAGUCAGAAUGGCAGCCAACAAGUGUGGACGGGAAGGGGUACCUGCUCAAUGAGCCUGGGGUCCAGCCCACCCCUGUUUAUGGAGAUUUCAGCUGCAAAGAGGAGCCUGAAGUUGACAGUGCUGGGGAUUUGGGGCUGGGCUUCCAUCAUCGCGACUUCACAGAUCUGAAGAACAUGGAUGCAAGCUGGUGGGACUGCAUGUUGCCUCCUGUCAGGCUGCCCUUGGUUCAAGCCAUUCCUUGUGCACCAUAA